ACUAUUACGACACCUCAUUUCAACAACCCAAACAAGAAAAUCAAGUUUUAUCUGGGAAGAAUAUUAAUUAUUACAUUUUGAAAUGGGGGAUGCAAUGCAGAAUGACGCUGAAAAGCUGUUUUUACUGGAGGUAUUGGUGGAUAACCUGCUUAUACAAACCGAUAGUUCCAGCCCAAACCUUAAUAAGGAUUUGGCGUCAAACAUGGCGGACACAUGUGUGAUGUUCCAGUUCCUUCACUAUCCUCCCUUGGUUGUCUGUGAAAGUGACUUCAUUGGAACCUCUGUCAGUAAUAAAGACACCAGUCACAUUACAUUCAAGAGUGGAAAGUCCUGUUUUUUUUCUUUGAAGACGCCACAAGGACCAAUUCUUCCAGUCCCCUUCGAGGUUAAGGUGAGUGUCAUUCGGAAAAUGAAGGAGGGGGUUCUCCCUGAUAAGCUGGAGUUGGGGAAAACAACUGUAGACAUAGGAGAUAGUUUUACGGAACUUCUAAAACAAAACACGGAUGAAAACAGUGACACAUCAUCUUUGUCCAAAAUUAAAAAAGGGACAUUUGAUAUAAAAGACGAGUCUGGAAGAAAAGUUGGUAGUAUAACAGCAUUUUUAAGGCUUUCGUGUUUCGGGAAGAUUAUUGUAACUCAGUUUAGUUUGAAUAAAGAAACUGAAAAGUCUUACCUUUUCAAAGGCACUGACUUAAAAGCUGCUUGUAAAGAAGAAUUACCGGUAGAAAAACCUCAUUAUGUGCCUGCGGCUCAAAAUCGCCCACAAUGUUCCACAAUACCUGGGAACCCACUACGUAAACCACCUAUCGAGCCAUUUUCGCCAUGGGAGCAAAGACAGGCAGAAGCUUAUUACCCUCAAUCAGGACCAAGCAGUACUAGAUCUGUCCCUCAGCCAGGGGAUCCACUGCAUUGCUACCCAAAGUCAUCAUGGCCGCAAACAAGCAGACCCCAGGUGACUUGGGAGCAAAGCCAAGUAGAGACUUUUGAUCCACGGCUGAAACCGCCAAAUCCAACAUAUAGCCAAAAUAUCACCCAGCCUGGAGAUCCGAUGCGAUGCUACCAAAAUCCAAAUAAAUCUAGUCCUCCGAGGCCGCUUACUCCAUGGGAGCAAAGCCAAGUAGAGACUUUUGAUCCACGGCUGAAACCGCCAAAUCCAACAUAUAGCCAAAAUAUCACCCAGCCUGGAGAUCCGAUGCGAUGCUACCAAAAUCCAAAUAAAUCUAGUUCUCCGAGGCCGCUUACUCCAUGGGAGCAAAGCCAACUUGGUGCUUACGAUCCAAGAGUAAUCCAGCCUCCGACUAGAAUAGGAAGAGAAAUACUUUGCGAGUGUCCAUACCCCGUGUCUCCCGCAUCCAAGGCGAAUUAUUCCCAAAAGACUGAUAGAAACAUGAUUCUAGCUCCAGGAGAAGUUGGCAUGCAAGACGAUCAAGUUAUAUUUCAGCUUCCUUUGAAGAAACCUGGUGACCCUCUGUCGGAAAGAGAUCAACAACUAGAUUCGCAAGUGUAUUAUAAGUUAACAUCCGCAGAAGAAACUAGAGACGGUAUGCAGAAAAACACUGUAAAUGUUAAGUCAGAUGACAUCCCCGGGAUGGCGACCAAGGCAGCUGUUGGUCCUGUGUCAGGGCUACCCGUAGACGAAGGCCACGAUGUUUUCCUCCUCAAAAUAGGCAAAAAGUGUGAAGGGGACAAAAAGAGAAAUUUAGAGCUCGAAUUGCGAACUCCAAAAAUGAAAGAACCAAAACCUCCCGCAAGUGACAAGGACACUCAAUAUCUCGAGUCAGACAUCCCAAAAACGUCAAAGAAAAGCAUCAAAAGCAAGGAUAAAGGUAAGGGCAAAGGGAAAGGAAAGGAUAAAGGAAAAGGUAAAGGAAAAAAGGGUAAAAAAUGAACAAGUCAUUUGUAGCAAGAUGGUUGCUGGUGGUUGGGUGAUUUCAGAUACAGUAUUAGCUACAUGUAUAAAUUUCAUAUUGUCUAAUAAAUAUAUUAUGUAAGA